UAUUCUCUAUCUAUCUCAUCAUGAAAUCCCACGUCUGCACCUGGCCCAACUGCCGCAAAAGCUUCACGCGCGCUGAGCAUCUGCGCCGCCAUGCCCUCAACCACCAACAGUCGCGCAGUGGCUAUACGUGCGAUCGCUGUUCGGUCCAUUUUCUUCGUCCUGAUUUACUCACCCGACAUAUGAUGCGCCACGCCAAACGCGACGAAGAAGCCGGUGGACCUGGACUGGGAGUAUUAGAGACUCGCAAGCGAACACGACGAGCUGAUGAUGGAUCAAUCAUCACACGCCCGCAUCAGAAUCAGUCCAGAGCGAGGUCUACUGUCUCUCUGUCGGCUUCAGAACAGCUCGAUGAUGACCAACCUCACGGUGCCCCGAUCUCUCCGCCUGGAUCGGGGAUGGAUCAUUCGGCUCUGUCUAUCGAUGAGAAUGAUCCUCUACUGGCUCCGAUGAUGCCCAAUAAUCCUUUUGAGCCAUAUGUUGAGCCGAUUCCGGGUCAGUUUGAUGCUGCCGAUGGGUCGUGGGGAUCGAUGGAUACAGACAUUUUCAACAUGGAUACUGCAACCGAUUUCAACCUCCCCUUUGCUGCCACGCACAACUACAACUGGCUGUUUGAUGUCGCUUCUCUUGACGAUGCCUUUCAUUCUCUCGAUCUCCCACUUGGACUGGACAUGAUUCCUUCUGCCGAUCCCAUCGAUCAGACCCUGAUCCCUGAAUAUUCAGAUGGCUCGUCUGUUCUCCUCCAUGCUGCUUCCUUUGUAGAACGCAGCACCCGACCAGAGUUAUCGCCAGAUAUCCUUGGAAUGGACUGGAUGUCUGGGUCGCCCAUUGUCGACAGCGGUUCGCAGCCUCAUCUCCCUCGACUGUCUGAAAAUGCGCGACAGGGCAUUCUAUCGCUGGUUGCAAAAUCCCCUCCUGUUGGCAUCGAUGGCCAACCAACUGGUCUCGAUUCGCCGUUGCUCACACUGCCUGCUCUGCAGAGCUACUGCGAUCUCUUCUUUACACGAUUCAACCUGGUAUAUCCCCUCAUCCACCAGCCAACCUUCGAUCCUGAAACCAUCGAUCCAGUCUUCCUGGCAGCCAUCCUCUCCAUGGGCGCGACAUACAGCACCCGUGAAGCCCAUCAACUGGCAGUUGGCAUCCACGACUCUCUUCGCACCCAGCUUUUCUGUCUUUCUGAAUUCUCCCCUCAGCCUGAUCUCUGGGUGCUGCAGGCAAUGCUUCUAAUCGACUGUUUCGGGAAGAUGCGCGCUGGUCCGAAACAGCGAGAAAUGGCCCAGUUAUUCCACUGCGUGCUGAUCAAACUCAUCCGUCGCAGUAACUGCUGCAUCAUCCGUGGUCCAUCGCGGGUGUCAGACUCAGAUCAAGCAUGGCGAGAGGCUAUGGAUGCAGAACAGCGAAAGCGUGUGGCGAUGCAUUGCUUCAUGUGGGAUACGCAGCAUGCUGUCUUAUUCUCGCAGUCACUCUGCAUGUCUGGAUUUGAGAUUCGCUCUUCUCUACCCUGCAGUGCUGCUGUCUGGGAAGCAUCAACAGUUACAGAAUGGGCUCGUCAUGCUGCGAAUGAACCCGAUCAUUCUUUUCUGUCUGUUCUCAAAGGAUACAUCACGCCUGGUGCUGUCACCAGACCUCGCGAUCUGAAUGCUUUUGCUCGUAUCGUGAUUCUACACGGCCUUAUGUCUGUCUCUGCGGAUCUGAAAAGACGCGAUCAAACAACUCUACGGUCGGAAACACCAGAAAAAGUGGGAGCAUGGACUCCUCGAAUGGGCCGAUCGUACGAUCUAUGGAAAGUCGAUUUCGACGCUGACUGUCUGGCGAUGAAGCUAGGACAGACGGCAGACCCACGACGAUUCACAGGGAUGAAAACAGCCGGCCAUGCGUUGUAUCGCGGUGCCUGUCUGGCGUUGAAUGUGGAAGUGCUCGAUUUGCAGAUUGUCGCUGGGGCAUCGCAGAUUCUCGGACGGACUGUCACGAUGAGUGAUCAGGAGCGAUCACGACAGAAUCUUCCUCGAUGGCUUCACGGCGAGUCUGGGGCGACAUUGGCAGCAGUGAAACAUGCAUCGAGUCUACUUCAAGAUGCCGUGUUGAGUUUGCAUGACUGGGAACAGACUGAUGCAUUCCACUUUCCCUGGUGUUUGUAUCUAGCCACCCUGACCUGCUGGGCAUUCCACCAAGGACCAGACAGCCACGAUCGCAUCACGACUGAUCUCUCAUCGCUGAUUGUCGCCAUGACCAGCUGCCCAAGCACAACCGAACUGGCCGCGUUGAGGGGAAGAUACGAUCCCAAACCACUGGUGAUGGUGAUGGCGCAGCAACUCGCCACAGUGCGAUGGGCAGUCGUUCACGACGCCAUGAAAGUGUUAUUGAAUUUGUCAAAAUAGUUGAUUGAAUAUUUGCAAUGUAUCUAUCUAUUUGUAAAAUGGAUAAUCCACAUAUCCCUUCUCGGG